AUGGAGGAGCAAGCUGCGCAUCUCGCGAUACAUGGGCAGCAGCGAGUUACUCGCAAGACCGCCGCAAAGCUGAGGAUAAAUCACGAAGACUGGCCGGGCGAUGAUAGAUGGGAAACCCGUGCUCUACUACUCAUGUAUCCAAGAAAGUCGAUCGCGGUGGAGUCGACCGAUAAUGACCGUGCGUUGGCUGAGGUCAUUGCUGCGAAAGAAGAUGUACAGGUCCUCUGCUCUCGGCGGAUGGGACAGCUACUGGACUUUCGUAAAUACUUGUGGCUUCAUACGACGUCUAUCCUGGUAUUUAUGAUGGUGCUUCGUGAUGAAUACCCAGAUGUUGCAUUCCUGGUGAGCCGACAUAUCCAGGCUGAAACGAACAAGGGCGUCUGUUUCAUGUUUGACCCCCUACAGAGCCAGCACAAUUACGCUAUCGUCGAGCGUAGCCUCGUGCGGAGUGUGGUGCAUUGCCAUACUCGAAAUCCUGCCAAGUGGUGCCUCGUGGGAUGA